CGCUCGGCUGGGGACGCCGGGAAGGAAUGGGAGUUGGAGGCCCCGAACGGUCGGUUGCAGUUGGUCACGGUUGUCGGUACCAUGUCCCGCGUGUCGGUGCCCUGCCAUGUGAAAGGCACCGUAGCCCUGCAGGUUGGUGACGUGCGGACCUCCCAAGGCCGACCUGGCGUUCUGGUCAUCGAUGUCACCUUCCCGAGCGUCCCACCCUUCGAGUUGCAGGAGAUCAUGUUUAAGAAUUACUAUACAGCCUUUCUGAGCAUCCGUGUUCGUCAGCAUACCUCGACACACACACCAGCCAAAUGGGUGACCUGCCUGCGGGACUACUGUCUGAUGCCUGACCCACACAGUGAGGAGGGAGCCCAGGAGUACGUAUCACUGUUCAAACACCAGAUGCUGUGUGACAUGGCUAAAGUACUGGAGCUACGCCUGAUUCUGCGGCAGCCAUCACCACUGUGGCUGUCUUUCACAGUGGAGGAGCUGCAGAUCUACCAGCAGGGACCAAAGAGCCCCUCCAUUACCUUCCCCAAGUGGCUCUCCCACCCAGUGCCCUGUGAGCAGCCUGCCCCCCUCCUUGAGAGCCCUAAGGGCACUGCUGGGAGAGACCCAUGGCCACUGAUCCCUCCUUCUGGAGCAGGGUCUCCCAGACCCCAGCAGGAUAUCCUCCGAGGUGCAGCAGAUGUGGGCGCUGACAGAGAUGAUCCGGGCCAGUCACACUUCCACAAGGAUCGGCCGCUUUGAUGUGGAUGGCUGCUAUGACUUGAAUUUGCUCUCCUAUACUUGAAUGCUGGCUCCUAGCUGAGAUGUUGGCCUUUCUGUGCCUACCCAGACUUGGUUUGGACCACCAGAGGCCGAACUGUGUUCCCUGUACAUUCUGAGUGUUGCCUGCAUACCUGUUCUGUCUGGGCCAUGUUCACAGACUCAAGAUUCUGGGGGCUUACUGUUUUGCUCCAGCAUGAGCUCCCCGCAGGAGUGUGCUCUGUCUUCACCUGACUGUAACCCAUCUCUUCCUUCUCCUCCUCUAAAAGCACUCCAUUUCUACUUGCUAAAAAUCUCCAAGUGUUCUCUGCCCCUCCUGCCAACAUGUACACUCCUGUCUUUUGCCCACUCCAUCACCCUGAGUGCAGUGGGCUGGGAUGACCUACUAGAACCUGCUCCAUCUAACCUUGGAAGGCCACUGCUACCA